CCCCGCCCCAAUGGAAACAAACAAUCCCCCGGCACCCAGGGAUCUUCUCGAGGGGUUUGGGGCCGUUUGUUUGGCGCCUAAGCUAGCUGCGACACUAUUUCGGUGAUGGCGCGACAGUUUAGUAUAGCGGGAUCCAUUUCCCUGUUGCAAACGUGCACCGUGAGUCAAGAUAGUGCUGCGACACCCAAAUGGUACCCUCGUCCCUAUGAGCAGUAGGGCCAGGAGACAUUUGGAUACUAGGUAUAUGGAUCUCGCCACAUCCUCUCCACUUGAUGAAUACAAAGAAAGUAAUCAUCUUAGGGUGUUUAGUGGAAAUGUCUUUCCAGACUUUUGCACUAAUGUCGCCAUCCGAAGAAGGGGCUCAACAGAUGAUAACACAAACUGCGGACAAUGACCAAAAUAUUUUCAAUUGCAUCGAAGCUCUCCUGCUCCAGGAGCGGCAAUUAAAGAACUACCAAGUCCAAUUGGAAUCCAAGAUCAAUAACGAUGCGGCGGAAUUUCAGCGCUUACGUGCCCAUACCCUGCAGUUACAGAGGGUGGUUUGUGGACUGCAGUAUCAAAGAUCGCAGCUUGAGACCUCAUUGGCCCACAUGGCAGAGGCCUGCAGGGUUAUGGCCCGAGAUUUGGGGCUUGAAAAGUCCAAAGUGCAGGAGCUCGAGUCUCGUCUCACUGAAUUACACCCAAGAAUUGAAUCGCUGUUGCAGUACUUGGCCCCUGGAGAGCACAACCGCCAGAAGCUGAAUAAUGAAGGAGCGAAUGGUCAUCUUCUCUUUGAAAAUCAACACCAGCGAGAACUGAUCUCCAGCCUGGAAACCAACCUCCGGGAGCGCGAGGAAGCGAUACGAGAGCUGAAAUCCAGGCCUCAAGAGAUAACGCAAGCUUUUCAAUUGACGAGUCAUAACCAGCAUCAGCCAGAUCGACUAGUUCUAGACGGGCUGACUGGCGGUAUAUCGGAAGAGUCAAGCGUUGAGAUCAUCACAGGGAAUCCUCUUUCUUUUAGUGAAGAAGCGAGACAAUCUUGUACAUAGUGUUUGCAAAAUAUGUACUGCAAAGGGAUUUUCUUUUAAUCCUUUACGGAAAAUAACUAUUGAAGGAAAUUCAUUAAUCAGCAG